AUGUUCUGUGCCAUCAGCGGGAAGCCUUUGAAAAAGCCGGUCUUCUCUCCAAAGUCGAAAUGUGUCUUUGAAAAAUCUCUGAUAGAAAGUUAUGUCCUGCAAAAUGGUCAGGAUCCCAUUAACAAGGAACCGUUAAGCGUGGAUGAACUAGUGGAGAUCGCACAGACCCCGGAACAAUAUGCAAUGUCGAACUCAGUCAAUUCUCCCACGUUAAAAGCAAAUUAUAGCAUCCCAAACUUGCUGUCGUCUUUACAGGAUGAGUGGGACGCUGUAAUGCUGGAGAAUUUUCAGCUCAGACAGCAGUUGGAUGCCAGUAAAGUCGAGCUUUCAACGGCACUGUAUAAGUUUGAUGCGGCUAUGAACGUUGCUACCCGAGCGACACUGGAAACCGAAAAAUUGAAACAGGAGCUAAGCAUUUUAUCCCAGAAUCUGGCGCCAGCUCAGACUGAAGAAUCUGAUGUUAUGGAACAAGAGAUAUCGACCGUUGUUUCCUCGGAAACAAUCCAGAAAAUGAUUCAAAAAUCGCAGGAUUUCGCUAAAGACAGCCGGAAAAAUAAAUUCCGUCCACUGCCGUGUUCCAAAGUAUCAACUGAGGUUGAGGUGCUAGCUGAAGUAACUCCAAAUACUGAGAUGACAUCGGCAUAUGUCGACGGCAAUAUAGCCAGAGGGAAGCUUGUGCUAUUUUACAAUCUCGAGGGGUCUUGCAAAAUAGUAUCUGCAUUAAAAUAUGAGACUGGAACAAUAUAUACGGUUCUUCCAGAGAGUGACUCUAUUAGCUUUGCCGAACCUUUGAAUGAAACGCAAGUACUUUUUGGGACUAAAAUGGGUGCACAUGGUAUUUAUGAUCUGUCACAACAGCAAACGAUCAAUAGUCUACGAUUUAAUGAGGGGAGAGAGAUUAUCAUGGCAUCCUGGGUGAAAGAGGUUUCUGACCAUGCUUACGUAGUGGUUGACUCAAGUGGUGCAAUUGCGUUGGCGGAUGUGGAACAAAACUGUGACUUGGACUUUCGCGCAAAUGAAUUUCCCACCUACUACGCUCAUUUGCACAAAGAUGGUCUCUUGCUACUUCAAGGUAACGAUGAGAAGUUGAUUGUCCAAACUCUAUCCGAUUUGCAAAAACCGGCUAUUGAGUUUGACCAUGACAUCGAGUCGGAAGGACCAAUUCGAUCCGCCAGAUUUGCAUCAAACGGUUAUUGGCUGGUUCUCGCCACACAAAAAAUGAUCAAAGUAUUCGAUUUGAGGAAAAAGCCCAACACGCUCGCGUUAGAGGCAUUAGUCUUUGAAAAUGAGGAUCUAGUGUCGUGGGAUCUCGAUCCAAGCAUGAAGUCAUUGUUUGUGGUUGUUGAAAGUGGUGGUCUCAGUAGAGUUGAAUUUUACAGUUUUGACAAAUCAGCAAAGAGGUGGGUCCAAAAGCCAGAGUUCACCUAUUCUUCCAAGAAUGUUCAAGAUUUGACGUAUGUUUGGGACUCGCAGUCUGGUUUCAUCAAGGCUUUAGCGGAAAACGAAAUAAUUAGCCUUAAAUUGGACUAG